CAGAAGAUUAAUGCAGUACAUUCAGAAGUUUAGAUAGAAACAUGAACGUUGCACUCUUGUUCCUGAUAACAUUAUCCUUGGUGUUGAUACAUAACGCCGAAUCGAAGAAAGAGAUUCCGGGCGGUUAUCCUAUAAAUCGAUUCGAAUGUACUUACGAAUGUGCUCACGCUGACACGGACCAUAUUCGAUGCAAGAAUUUGUGUAAAAAAUUGGGAGGAAGUUGGGGAUAUUGUUAUUGGAAUACCUGUUACUGCGAAUAUCUUCCAGAUUCAGUGCCUCAGAAAAAUAGUAUUGAGGUUUUUAGCUGUGGAGCCACUAUCGUUGGAGUGCCUGAUACCGAACAACAGUAAAGAAUUGUUGAAAUAAAAUAAAAUAUAUUAGGCCAG